AUGGCUCCCGCAUCCACUGACGCUGUUCAAGCUGCCCUCGUUGCAGGUCAUCUUCAUCAUUUGACUCCUGAUCAGACCUCCAUGCUUAAAAAGUUAUGGGGACGUCUUUUUGAAUUAUUCAAGCAACCUGGUGAUCCCAACUCAAAGCCUGCUGAACCACGCAAGGUCGACGCUGCUCCUGCCAAGAAGGGUGGUUUCUUUAGCCGUGGCAAAAAAGAACCUUCCGAGCAACCUGACUUGUUCAUUGGUGCCACCACUGACCCCAACUGGUUGUCACAACCUCUUGAAAAAGCCAUUCCUUUGAUCCCUGGUGAAGCAUUGCAACGCAGCUUUUGGAGUAUGGUGGGUACUGAUAACCCCGAUGCCGUCAUGCUUCGAUACCUUCGUGCUCGUAAAUGGGAUUUCGAUGCUGCUUACAACAUGCUCAUCAACACUCUUCGCUGGCGAUUGGUGAUGCGCAUUGAUGAUAUCAUUGCCCUUGGUGAAACUGGUUUGCGUGAUGAAUUGGAAAAGCUCAAGAAGGGCAUGGGUGAAUCGUUCAUCAAGAACCUUCAUUCCGGAAAGGCAUACCUUGGUGGUCCUGAUAAGAGUGAUCGAGGCAUUUGCUUUAUCAAUGUUCGUUUCCAUCACAAGGAAGAUCAAGAUCCCGAGGUCAUUAAGCUCAUGACGCUGGCUGUCAUGGAAAGCUCUCGUCUCAUGGUGAACCAGCCCAUGGAAACCGCUUGUAUUGUAUUCAACAUGGAAGGCUUCACACUUGCCAACAUGGAUUUCGACUUUGUCAAGUUCUUGUUAACAUGCUUUGAAGCAUACUACCCCGAGACUCUUGGUCAAUGUUUGAUUCACAAGGCACCUUGGGUUUUCUCUACUGUUUGGUCAUUGAUCACACCUUUGUUGGAUCCCGUGGUUGCCAGCAAGAUUCACUUUACCAAGAACGUGGAUGAACUAACCAAAUACGUGCCCAUGAGCAGUCUCCCAAGCUUUAUCUCUGGUGAUGCGAACAAAAAGACAAAGGAUGAGAAACUCAAGGUGGAUACUCCCAAGGCUGGCUCCUUGGCAAAACCUUCUUCUGGUGAAUUCCAAGAUUAUCAGGAUAUGAUCAAGGAAUACUCUCAUGAGACUGCCGAAUGGGCAAAGACUGAUAGAGCUGCUGAGGAUAAGGAGCGUAUGGAGCUUGCAAAGCGAUACAGAGCUGCUCGUAUCAAGACCGACAAGGAUUUGCGUGGUCCUACCACUUGGCAACUCAAGGGCAUGUUCGUCGUCAAGGACGACCGAUUGUUUAUUGACUUUGGCAGUGAAAACUGGGUCCCCAAGGAUAUUACAGAGUGUGUUUAA